UAAGGACGGGCCAUUGUAUCUGAAGAAGAAAAAAGGGCUUUCAGUUCAACCGACGAUCGCCAUCUUUGACACGUCUUAGACGCGGUGAGCAUUGCGUGUUAACUUCAAAACCCUUUUUCGUGCUAUUUGGAAUACUUGUUCGAUAGUAAGGAUCGAUGCCUCAUUUUCAUAACAACCGUGGCGGAAUGGGGAUGAGUCAAUUCCAGCCUCGCCGAGGCGGUGGAGUCGGCGGUCCUAUGCGGGGAGGUAUAAUGGGAAGCCCCAAUUUUAGAAAUCACCCUUUCCAGAACACAAACCGUCGGGGAGGAAACAACAACUUCAACCGUGGACAGCAGUCGAGCCCCCAAAAGUCACAAAACAACCAAGGCAUGCAGGGCCUCCCACCGCCGACUCCCGGGCCCGCUCUCACCAUGAAAGGCCCGAUGGACAAGAAGCAGGAGCAAGAAAAGCCGACAACCCCUACAGCGGAGCCGAAAGUUCAGCCCAAGCAAGAAAUCACAUCUCCCCAACCGAACCAGGCCAACAAGAAUCCGCAGCUCAAGUCACCAACUCAAAAUGCUAACGGCUCGCAACUGCCCCAGCAGCAGAAUCCAGCUGCUCUCGUGAGUCCCAAGCCAGGUCCUCAGCAAAACCAACAAAAUCAGAAAGAAGUCCCUCAAACAAACCAACAAAACCAGAAGCCUGGACAACAACAAAACCAGAAGCCUGGACAGCAACCGAACCAGCGGCCAGGCCAACCGCAAAAUCAACAGAUCCAGAGGGGAGGGCAACAACAAAAUCAGCAGAACCAGAGGCCUGGACAACCGCAAAAUCAAAGGGGAGGCCAACAAAAUAAUCAGCCGAACCAAAGGAUGGGUCCGCAGCAGAACCCGCGGCAAGGCAUGCAAUCGCAAAUCCAACCGAACCAGAGGAUGGGCCAGCAGCAGAAUCAAAGGCCAGGCCCAAAGACUGGGCCCCAGAUGACUAUAUUUAAUAAACCGGUGCAAGGACAGCCGCAGCAGUUGGACGCCCCGGGUACAAGCACGGCGCAAGAGCAACCACAACAGGAAUUCAAGGCGACACUGUCCAUGCUGCUGAAACCUGGCGAGAAAUCCUACACACAGCGGUGCCGUCUGUUUGUCGGAAACCUCCCCAAUGACAUCACUGAGGAGAAUUUCAGGAAGAUUUUUGCCAAGUAUGGAGAGCCCAGUGAGGUUUUUAUCAACAAAGGAAAAGGCUUUGGUUUCAUCCGACUGGAGUCCCGUGCACUUGCCGAGAUAGCGAAAGCCGAAUUGGACGACCUUCCGAUGAAAGGCAGAAGCCUCCGCGUCCGCUUUGCCACACACUCUGCGGCCCUCUCCGUCAAGAACCUGUCGCCUUUCGUGUCCAACGAGCUCCUGGAGGAGGCCUUCUCCCAGUUUGGGAUGAUUGAGAGGGCCGUCGUCAUUGUUGACGACCGCGGACGCUCCACCGGCAAGGGCAUCGUGGAGUUUGCCUCCAAGCCGGCAGCCAGGAAGGCCCUGGACCGGUGCAACGAGGGCGUCUUUCUGCUAACCACGUCACCAAGGCCCGUAGUUGUGGAGCCCCUUGAACAGUGUGACGAUCAAGAUGGACUUCCAGAGAAGCUGGCACAGAAGAACCCCAGAUACCAAGUGGAACGCGAGGAACCCCCUCGCUUUGCCCGCCCCGGCACCUUUGAGUUUGAGUACUCCAAACGCUGGAAGGCAUUGGAUGAGAUGGAGAAGCAGCAAAGGCAGCAGGUAGACAAGAACAUGAUGGAGGCCCGCGAGAAGCUCGAGAGCGAGAUGGAGGAGGCCUACCACGAGCACCAGGCCAACAUGCUGCGUCAGGAUCUGCUGAGGCGACAGGAGGAACUGCGGCGCAUGGAAGAGAUGCACAAUCAGGAGAUGCAGAAGAGGAAGGAGAUGCAGUUGAGACAAGAGGAGGAGCGUCGCAGGCGAGAAGACGAGAUGCUCCGCAAGCGCGAGAUGGAGGAGCAGAUGCGUCGCCAGCGCGAAGAAAGCUACAGGAUUGGCAACUUCAUCGAGAGGGAGAGAGACAUGCGGAUGAGUUCUGGUGCUGCCCUGGCUAUGGGAGAUAUGGCCUAUGGCACCGUUGGCCAGGCCUACGCCAUGAAUGCGAUGGGAUAUGAGGCCCAGCAGGCAAUGGGAGCGUCUCCGGGAUCCCAGAUGAGCAAUGAUAUGCGCAACGAGCGCUACGCUCAGGGCGGCCCCCGAGGAAUGGUGGCCGGUAACGGCGCUUAUGGCAGGGUCCGCGAAGAGUUUGACGUCCCCCCUAAAAAAGCGCGUUUUUAAACGCUCCUCGCUGCAGCAUAUCUGUUUUGUACAGAUUCUUCUCAAACAAACAAAAAAAAGAAGCGCGUUUUUAAACGCUCCUCGCUGCAGCUCUUUUUUUUUUUUUGGUACAGAUUCUUCUCAAACAAGUAUGAUGACUCAGUUUGUAUUUAAGUUCCUAAUGUUCCAGCUUGACACUUCAUUUUAUGACCAAUUUACUCCUUUUUUUUUUAUUUUGUAUUGCCAGUAGUUUAGGAAGAUUAAGUUUCCCUUUAGCUGUAUUUUACCCCCUGUAUAAUUCUUUUUGUAGAUGUACUGUGUUCUGUGCUUCGUCGCCAACUGUACUUUUUCUUCUCAAUUCUCCAUGGCUGUGUUUGUGCCAUUCACUUCAGAGCAUGUUACAAUAAAGACAAAAAAUGGGUUCCAUUUGGCCAAACCUAAUAUUUAUUCUUGCUGCGUUGUUCAUAAACAACCGAGCUGCAUUUUUAGUAGGUAGUUAUGACGACAGACGUCAUAUUUUACUUUGACUCGUGAUAAAUCCUCAAGGCGCAAUUGCAGAGGCAGUCAAAGGACAAUGCCUUGCUCAAGGGCACCUUCAAGGUGGCCAGAAAGCAGACUAUCAUCUCUCUAACAACUGCGUGACCCAAACUCGCAAUCGUUGUCUUGAUUGCUUGGUCAGAAGAUUGAUAUUGAUCUACUCGGCAAUCGAUACCGCUCCUUACUGCUACCGUACUUGACCACUCUGAUGCUUCAUAGCAAACAAUUCUGCGACAACAACUUGAAUCUGUUGAUUAUAUUUGACAUCUUUGUCAAAGUUGGAGUGGGAUACCCAUCUUGUCAAGUCUGAAGACCAAGUCUGUUCUGAAGGACAGUUCUGGCACUCAUUGAACUCUCUCUGGACACCGCCAUUGAUUGAUUAGCUUACGCCGGAUUCACACAGGACACUGAUGAUCGGAAUCGGAUUAAGAAAGUAAAAAAAAAAAAGGGGGAGGGGGGAUGGUUAGUGCCCUUAGAGUGGACAACCGGACAACCGACAAACCAUCAUCUGUUGACCAGAUCAGCGCCGCUUUCUACAUUCCAGGAUUGGUUGUUCCACUGUGGCUUAUGCUUGUAGAACGCUUUGAAAAGGUAAAAAAAAAAACCUCCCACUAACAUAUUUGUUGUACAGCCAUCAUGGCUGCUGCCUUCAUUUCUAAAAUAUUUGAAGUUCUUUGGGCAUCCUUAAUUUGAUAUGAUGGAACGGCUCGACGGCACGUUUUAAAUCAUCUGUGUCGUAUUUUCUCUUUCAUUGAGCUUCCCUCUAAAUUGCUUGAAGAGCGAUUCGUAAGUGGCGCUCAUUUUCAGAUAUUGAUCUGAUAUUCCCUAAAUUAAAUUUAAAAAAAUAUAGCCCAGUUUGGCCCACAAAUGGCUUUUAAAACCAAUAGAGGACAUUAUAAAAAAUGCAUCUGUAGAGAAUGUUUUCAUACACCAAGUAGAUUCUAGUUGUAUGUUUUAGCUUUUGGAUUAUCCAUCUGUAGUAUAUUCUGCAUUGUUGCUUUGACGUGCUCUUUGCAUUCUUUCUUUAACAGGUUUGACGGACUAUAAAGGUUUUGGACUGUGGAGGAAAUUGAGGCUGUGUAGUGCUUUAGCAAAAUGUGUUAAACCUCAAGCGAGAGAUGCGAAGGUAGAUUGUGACAGGCUACAUUUGGCUUUUGAAGUCAGUGUAGCGCCCUUUGGAAAUUUGGUAGGUAACUGCGCCAUCCCGUAAAGUGCAUGAUAAACUUGAAUGGUGACUGACGUCUUCUCGAAUACGCAAGUCGCUUAAAAGAUUGACAACAGUUUGAGUGCUUGCUUGUAUGUUUAUAUCAAUAUGUAGCGUUUUAAAGACAAGAUAAAAUGUCGUGUUGGUCUGAUUAAAAUAAAUAAAUAAAAGAAAUAGCAACAGUGCUCAUCAGUAGACCUGACUUUACUAAAGUACACUUUCAAAACCUAAAGAGUUGGGUAAGAUUUUUACAAUAUUUAACAAAUAGCUUCUUGAGUAGACUCAUAACAAUGAAUGGAACUAUUUUAUGUCACUUACUUUUGAAGUGAUUGAGGCUCUUUUUAAUUUGGGCUGAUUUUGUUAUGUGCCUUUUACAGUCCCUGGUACCAAAUCGCCUCGCUACUCUACCAAAACCGUCUUCAGUAGUUACUCAACACACAAGGGCCCGUUCCAUUUAUUUUUAUACAUGAGCUGUCGGGCUGUAGUUUUUGUCCUGAUUCGCGGGCAAAAAAAAUUCUGGCGCCCAUCUAGUUAGGGUGGCAAGUUUUCUGGAAGUCAACGUAAAUAGAAUGAGACGCUACGUUGAACUAAAUGCCAUCAAAUCUGAUAAUCCACAAGCUUAAUCUUUACGUGAAAUGAAAAACACCAUAGAUAGGCUCAUGCAACUAGCCUCAAUAACCUUUUAAAACUAAGGAUAUUGGUACACAAACGGUGCAGAGACACAUGUAGACCGACAACGUCAAGAAGCCGCCGAUGUAAAUGCAUUUGUACAGAGUGUUUUAUACUGCCCACUAGUGGUCAAGGCGGAAAUGAAUACAAGUCAAGCAGCAAAGUUUAUUAAUACAGCGCGCUUCGUACACAAGGUAAAUUCAACAUGCCACCACAUCAUUAAAAGAUGCAAAAGUGUUUUCAAACAAGACAAAAAAAAAAUAUGGUUCCUAAUAUUUUUGCUUGAGUAUCUUGGGAGGCAGUAACCAAUAAAUGGCUUCCCCAAGAUGAUUUGAGAUACAUAUCGCUUUGUCUUCUCGUAGUGAUUCGAGAUCAGCUUAACCACAUUAUACUUUUGCUUUUGUCGCGUAGUUAUCUUUUUCGAACGAGAUAAAUCGAUAGAUGACUAAAAUUGUAACGUCGGCUGAAUGUUGUCUAUCUGGUGUACAAUUUGUUUUCUUUAACAGGUUUGUCCAUCUUUAAAGGUGAGAAGGAACAAUCCAAAGCAAGCAAUUCAAAGUCUGUGCUGACUACAGAUGAACUGGCGCUUUUAUUUAAAAGAGAGAAAGAAAAAAAAAACGAAUCUGCCUUAGCUUGCGUAGCACUCGUUGGGGUGGUGUGGAUGGAAAAGGUAUGACUUGAUUUCAUUCUCUUAUAAAAUAGUUGUGAAUGUGAUGCGGCCAAUCGUCUGUCAUGGUGGACGAUUCUUUUCUUUCUUGAACAUUGACUGCAUUGUGCACUUUAUUCUUCUGCAGUAUUUACCAAGUCUACAGCAGCCAUAGACUGACGCUUGAAAACUCGGAUGCCGGUCAACGUAAAAAAUAUUUGUAGCUUGCAAAGAAAAUACCACGCCGGGUUUUUAACUAACUUUAGUUGACUUCCUUUUAAUACGAAGGAAUCUUUAAUGACUAAUACGAAGGUAAUUUUAGUUAACUUAAAGUCGGUUCAUCAGCUUAGUUGUUCCGUCAUGCAUAUUCUUGAGCGCUUUCAACAGCGCUCACUUUACACUUCCUGCUCACCAGUCAUGAGCAAGUAGCUUUUGUUGUUGAAAUGCAGACUCACAAACUACAAGACAGUUACCUCGGUUUUCGAACGUCCCGGUUCUCGAACGGAAAAUUCGAGAUUUUUUAUUUUUUUUGCUUCGUUUGUCGAACAAAAUUCGGAGGUCGAACCUCGCGAGAUGAGCCGAAAGGACCCGAGAAAAACACGACCGCGCGGCCCGGAUGCCGACUGACUCCGUUUGAGUGCCCGGCUCGCUGCCGUUGCACGAUCGGAUCAAAUGAAGCUCCCUGCGCACUGAGGUCCACUUAAAUUUUGGAAAGUACAUCAGGACUUUCAAAAUAUUUUCUAAAUUUCAGCGACGGCUCUGUCACAAUAAUGCGACCAGGCGGUGCGCUGCGGUUGCACGAUCGGACAAAAAUGGGCAAAUGUAAAAAAAAAAUCUUUAAAAAGGCAUUUGUUUUUUUUUAGUCUUGAAACGGAUUAAAAGAAAAUUCCAUUAUUUGUAAUGGGGAAAAAUAGACUCGGAAUUCGACCGAUUAACUUCUCGAACCGCCUUCUGGAACGAAUUGUGGUCGAAAACCGAGGUUUGACUGUAAUUUCAUUUUAUUGUGAGUUUUUGAAUCUGCGCAGACCCUCUAAAGUUCCAAUCAGACUGUGACAGCUUGUUAUUUCAAUGUUACGCAAAAGCACUAACAGUAGUUUUGACUAGGUGUCCAGCGACGACACCUUUUUAUGGUCUAGCAGUCAACAUUGAGGGGAAGCCCGAACUUGAAUGUGGCCUGUGACUAAAGUGAGUUUGGCAACCUGACUCCUUUAUACCAAACCUUCAUUCUUUUUUGGACAAAAAUCUGUGGACCUAAACCUUAUCCACCCAGGUGUAGCCGGCCAUGCUUCAGUGUGUGUGUGUGUGUCUGUGUCAUGUCUUUGACAAAGCUCGCUGCGCUAGCCUCACGUCAGCCAGCUUGUCAGAGACGGCCAGUCAGCAAGUUACAUUGCUCCAUGAGUAGUUCUGCAGAAGUCAGUGGAACAGUAAAGCCUGGACUUGUUUGCACUGCAGCCAGAGAGGUAUGCUAACACAGCGCGAGCAAGGUAAGUGCUCAUCCAUGUUUACCUUCUCCAAGAUUGUACGCUUGUCCCAUAACUCUCCUCUCUGUCCUGGCUCAUGACACUUGGAAGGGCUUCUGGCAUCACACUUGGGAUCAAAUGGCGGCGCAGUGCAGAUCCCGCAACUCUGUCAAAACGAGCAGUGUGUGUGUGUGAAAGUGUGCUUGUAGUGCUGCGUAAUGAGUGCCGUUCAGAACCAGACCUCAAGUGUAUCUUAGAAAACUUUUUGUUGCCUUGUGACGUGCACUCGAGCGGCACCCUGGUUACUGUCAUCGAGGGCAAUGGUACUUCGAGGGCUUUGUGUUCCAAAGUUGCGAUUGUGCGCAACCUAGACAAAAUUAAAACAUGUUGAAUUCUGUUCCCACCAAGCAGACCGGUCGGUCUCCUUACUCCACUGUACGCAAUUUUGCAUUCUUUUUUUAUUGAUUUUUUUUUUGCAGCCGCAACGAUUAAUCGACGAUAAAUUAAUCGAUCGGUAUUUAUGCACACUCAUUCUGGGGGGAAAAAAAAAAAGUCCAGUUUGUCCGUAAAGGGUCAGAAAGUCAAAUCGUUUUUAAAAUACUACGUUGGCAAAAUCCCCCAUUACCAUCGCGAUGUACUGGACUGCUUGGUGGAAACUCUGCUUUACUUUAACCAAUGGACAAUAUUUGUAGUACUUAUUUAAAAAAUACAUUUCUACUUCGUACAAUAUGACUUUGUUGUUUUGGGAUCAAGUGUCCUUGUGUUUUAAGAGGUUGCUUCUUGUACUUAAUGGGGUGGGAGUGAUGAUAGUCAAAAAAAAAAAAAAAAAAAAGGACCUGAAAAAGUCUCAACCAGGCGUAAUCUCUUUCAUAUAUCUGUGUUCUGUUGAUGUACUUUUGGGAGACUCUGUUUUGUAUUCAAGUCUGAUUUUUAAUGACAAACUUGAUAUAAAUGUCUUAUUAUCUGGUCCCAAUUUACUCUCAAAUUGACUUACCGUUUUUUUCCAUGUAUAAUGCACCCCCAUGUAUAAUACGCACCCUAAAAAUGGCAUGUUGAUGCUGGAAAAGAGCCUGUACCCAUGUAUAAUACGCACCCAAAUUUUGACUCCUUAAGUCCGUAAAUGUAAAAUGAUUUCAGAAAAAAGAUCAUCUUUGGGAACAACCGGAUGUUAUUCUGCCGGGCAGUAUCACUGCGGAUGCGCUAGCAAACUCGAUAGCAAAGAAAUGUUUCGGAUUUGUGUAGGGUACAUUGUGACAGCAAACGAGCAGGUGAUCGAGCAAGCGUCUGAUACCAGAGCAUUGUGUUCGUAUGGAGCGUGUUUGAAGUGAACAGCAGAGAAGAAAGCGCAUCUGUAAUGGCGGCCUCCGUAUCAUAUCCGGAUUAAUUUUUUUUGUACCCAUGUAUAAUGCGCUCCCCAGAUUUUAGGACAAUAAAUUAGUUACAUUUUGCGCAUUAUACAUGGAAAAAACGGUAUUUAAAUUGAACAAAUGAUCUUUUCUUCUAAUUGUCUGACAGACUUCAUCGUACCUUCUGUCAUUUAAUAUUGAGCAUUACAUUUCCAGCCUUACAAGUUUUGGCGAUACAUUGCUUAGAUUAUGAAAAAAAGAUACAAUUGUAAAUUGAUAAAAUUGAAAACAAAUCAAGUUCAAUUGGAUUCUUUUUCACGACACACAACACCCAUUUGGGGGCUCGCAAUCUUAGCACAUAUAUUCAACUAAAAGCUUGUUUGCAAUCUUGACAUGAGUCAAAUGAGAGAAAUAUUUGUAAACAUGGUUUGUGCAGCACAAAUAUGCCAAACAUUUGUAGCGAUCAUCUGCAAUCAUUUCCUAAGCUAGGCCUGUUGUGGGGUUGGGCGGGCGUGCGUACCUGAAUACUUGUGUCAUUCUUGCAGGCAUUGUACUUCCAUCUGGAGGUCUUCUCUUGUUGGGCGUUGUCUCGCCAGCCAACAGUGGCCAUUGUAACCCUCUCGCUACCUAUGAAGGUACCGCGUUGUAUCCGCUGCCGAGACCUGUCUGUCCAUCUGCACUGUGAGCCAUUCCGUUUGCUUUCUCUGAAUCGCGUGGUCGAGACUUUUUUCCGGGCGUCCUACGACCCAAAACGCCAGUGUGAUGCCAGAACCACCCUCGCGGCCGCCGCGGGCCCCGCCGACAGGCCGCAAAAACGACCUAGCCUGUUGCGGCCGUUGCCGCUUGGUGUAGGGAGCCUAGCUUGCAAACUAGCCAGGGAUCGGGGACUGUCACGAAUGCCGUGAUCUGGAGUUUUGUCACUUAGUCUUGCAGCUUGAUAAGUGAACAGCAGAGGUGUGGCGCUCAAGUCACUCAACUUGACUCCAGUCAGAUGCAAAUGAGCAAUUUUAAGACUAAAAUGAAAAAGAAAAGAAAAAACGACUUGGUAUAGCGACUCGCUUAGAUUUGGGUAAAACUUGUCAUGUUGGUAAUUUCGCAAGAUGGUAAUGGACACUAUGGAAACGGAUUUUUUUUGGACAAUUUACAAAACAAAAUGACUGACUGACUGACUGGCUCCCCCACCUCUGGUCCACAGCGCCACUCGUGCUCCAUAUGACACUCUUGAACUUCCGGCAAGGUCACACUGCACAAUUUCACCAGUCAGCGACAAUACCUUAAGAGCAGUCAACAUCGGUCAGGGUUUUUUUUUUUUUUUUUUUUACAUAUGUGCCAUUUUGAAACAAAUGAUUUUACUUUGCACAUUUCAUUCUUGCGUUUUCUCGCCUUCCGUACAUAUCUUUUGUCAGACUUAAAAAAUAUAUAUAUCCUUCCUGCCGACUCAGGAGCUCGUGUAGUGUAGCCGUCUCACACAUCCAACUUUAACACUCUUCGUGUAAUGCAUGUUCAUAUCGUCAUAUCUGACACGGAAACACACACACUCACACACAUGCCUAAGCAGUUUGCCUCUUCCCUGUCCGCUUCUCACUACGCGUGUGUCUCGCCACAGGGGCCUCCACUGGCCGACGGAGGGUGACCAGCCUUGUUCCCCUUACUGCGCCAUGAUGAGAACAUGGUCACUGGUAAAAUGAUGCAAGAACCACAGAAAUGGCGACAGCUCUGAGCGAGGUCCCGUGUUUGCGUGCACUCACCACCAGGACGUCCAAAUUAACGCGAGGUCUAACGCCUUGAUGGAUCACUCCGGACGACGACGCAGGAAUGAAUGGAUGCUCUGAAAUGAGAAAAUAAAAAAGCUCCACUUGA